AUGUUAAACAAAGUAUGUCUGGCCAUUGUUCUGACACUGUGCGGCCUGCACGUCGUGGCGGAGGAAACAUUGCUGUACGAAAUGCGCACCUACACCACCAAUGAAGGCAAGCUGGACGCGCUGCAUGAGCGCUUUCGCAAUCACACCAUGACCAUAUUUGAAAAGCACGGCAUGCAGAAUGUAGGUUACUGGAUACCCGCAGAGACACCGGAAACACUGAUCUACAUCAUUGCCCACAAAGACAGUGCUGCGGCGCAGGCCAGCUGGCAGGCGUUUGUUGCUGAUCCCGAAUGGCAGGACGUUUAUGCAAAAUCUAUUGCAGACGGCCGCCUGGUGAAAAAUAUUGUCAGCGUGUUCAUGACCAAAACUGAUUACUCGCCCUGA